CAAGUGAAGCAUUACCUUAACAGUAGUCAGGCAGAUAGGGAGGUGAGAGAAAAUAGGUUUGGCUGCCAUUGCUGUUGCCCGUCGCCGUGUGAGUGAGAAGUAAUGUGAGAAGUUACCACAGAUCAAAUAUCAGGAAGACAUCAUGAAGGUGGACGACAAGUUUCAAAUUCUGAAAUUCUUUGCAGCAGUUUUCAACUCUGUUUUCCUGAUUCUGGGGCUCUGUAUCUUUGGAUGUGCGGUAUGGAUCUUGUUUGACAAAGACAAUUUCAUUGCUGUUCUCAGCUCUGUUGAGGUGAAGACUGUAGCUGGGGGACUGUUCAUCAUCGGACUGAUGGUGGUUGGUGUCACUAUUGUGGGGUGUGUGGGAGCCCAACUGGAGAACAGGUUCUUCCUGCUACUGUAUAUGGGCUUCCUGAUCUGCAUCGUCCUUGGUCAGCUGUUUGUCACCUUCAUCAUUUUGUUAUCGCGUGAAAAGAUCACAUCAGAGAUGAAAAUGGAAGUGAAUAAGACCAUGACUGAAUAUGGAACAAACCCUGACAAUCAACGACAUUGGAAGCUUCUGGAUGAUGUACAGCGCUAUGGGCACUGCUGUGGUAUGCAGGUUCCUAAUGACUGGCAGGGGAACUUGUUCAUUAUGAACACCAGUCUGACAGAGGUGUUUCCCUGUUCCUGUUUCAACACCACGGACUGUCCUGCCAUCUCUGGAUACAGCACAACGCUGUUUGGAAAUGGAAAUGAAACACACAUCCAUCCACAGGGCUGUCAAAAGAUGAUCACUGAUUGGCUGAAGGAGAACACUUUGACAAUAGUGGGCAUGGACAUGGGCCUGCUAAUCAUUCAGGUCCUCCAGUUGAUAGUGUAUGUGUAUCUAUACCAGACUGUUGGUCAGAAAGCCAAGCUGAGAUGUGUUAGUCAGCUGAUUCGCUCUGAGGACCAUCGCGAACCAAACCCUGACUACCUUGAUGACCCUGACUACCCUGACCAAAACCAUGCCUAUCCUGAACCAAACCAGCCCUACGCACAUACAAACCUCGCCUACCCUGAACAAAUCCUUGCCUACCCUGAACCAAGACAAGCCUACUCUGAGGACCAACACCAGGCCUACUCCGGACCAAACCAUGCCUACCAUCGCUAACCAGGACCAGAGUGUUGCUGUAUGACUGAAGUCACUUUGGGAUCUAACAUCGAAUUGCUCUAACUCUAAAUGCUCAGUUCAGUGCUUUCAGCCACACAGGCCUUCUACUAAAUAUGUUUUUCUGCUGACAAUGAGAACAAUCUUAAUUCAUUAGUUUCUAUUGUUUUCUACUAUUGAUGGAAGCCCUAACUGGUCAGCCGGACCUCACCUGGUGUGAAUAGUUGUGUACUUUACUAGUCAGCCGGACCUCACCUGGUGUGAAUAGUUGUGUACUUUACUAGUCAGCCGGACCUCACCUGGUGUGAAUAGUUGUGUACUUUACUAGUCAGCCGGACCUCACCUGGUGUGAAUAGUUGUGUAUUUUACUAGUCAGCCGGACCUCACCUGGUGUGAAUAGUUGUGUACUUUACUAGUCAGCCUGACCUCACCUGGUGUGAAUAGUUGUGUACUUUACUAGUCAGCCGGACCUCACCUCGUGUGAAUAGUUGUGUACUUUACUAGUCAGCCUAACCAGUUCUUUGGAAAUGUAAAAAUAAAGAAGGGUACCACCAUUUUGAAACUGCAAGCCUACUCCACCCUUGACUAAUAUGAACUAUUGAACCUCUUUACAUAUCACAAUACUAUUUUUACAUCUGCAGAUGACCCACGUUAACAGUGCUGCCUUUAAAUAUUUAAUUGAGUUUGACAGUACUAUAAUUGUGUGAUGCCUGACAUUGGUGAUUAGUGAUUGAUUGUCUGUAAAUUACGCAUUAAAAUCUUCUGAAUUGGA